CUUCCCCUGUUCUGAGAGAGUCACAGUCUUCGCUCAAUCGCUGUCUCUUCGGGGGGUCCUCCGAAUCAAUGUCCACACAUAACAUUUGAGACAUAACUCCGACGACCCACCAAAAAAAGAUUGAAUUUUGAAACCAAAGUCGAUCAGAAAAAAAAAGAUGCUCAAGAGCGAGCCAUCUCUCUCAAUCUACUGCGAAUCUGGGCUCAAUCCGGUGACUGUAACCGACGAGAAUUUGGAUAGAACGGUCUCGAUUGGUGACUCCGUUGAAGCCGACUUCAGCUUUGCUAAGCACACCAGCAGCAGCAGCAUCGAUGCCUUGUCGAUCAAGGAAGAGGAUGAGAAAAGCUUUGAGAUUGGAAGACCACCGAGUCCUCCUAUGCAUUUAGCUGCAGGGCUUGGGAUUGACAAGUUCGAUGAUCUCUACGGUGGUGAGAUCAGAUUCGAUUUGCCGAGUUUGGAAGAUGAGAGGUGCGGUGAUUACUACGAGGGGAUGCUCGAGGAGUAUCCGUUGCAUCCUCUGCUUCUCAGGAGCUAUGCUAACUUCUUGGAGUACAAAGGAGAUGUUAGUGGAGCAGAAGAGUAUUAUCACAAGUGUACUGUGGUUGAGCCUAGCGAUGGGGUAGCUUUAGCUAACUACGGUAGAUUGGUGAUGGAGCUUCACAAGGAUGAAGCUAAAGCGUUGAGCUGCUUUGAACGCGCUGUUCAAGCGUCUCCUGAGGAUAGCAAUGUUCUUGGAGCAUAUGCAAGUUUCCUCUGGGAGAUAAAUGAUGAGGAUGACGAUGAGGUUGAUGAUGACGCUUUUGGAGACGGAACUCGCCAAGGAAAAGAAGACUUUGAGCCUGAGGCAGGGGAAAAACGCAGCUCGAGGUUGUCUGAAACAGAAGAUGGAGAGACGCUAUGCAGGUACGCAAACGCGUUUUGGAGUAUUAAUGGUGACAAGGAGAAGGCAUUGUUCUAUUUCGAGAAGGCCGUUGAAGCCUCUCCAAAUGACAGCAUUAUACUUGGAGAGUACGCUAGGUUCCUAUGGGAAAUUGAAGAGUGAUGAUCAUCAAGAAGAGGAGGAAGAAAAUAUAUCUCUAAAGUCUCAG